AUGGGCUACAAGCAGGAACUCAAGCGCCAGUACUCGACAGUACAGAUCUUCGCCGUCGCCUUUAGCAUCAUGGGGCUAGUUCCCUCAAUCGCCUCCACCAUCGCCUUCUCACUGCCGGCCGGACCGGCCGGAAUGGUUUGGGGCUGGUUCACCGCGAGCAUCUUGAUCUUCUUCGUCGGUCUCGCCAUGGCCGACAUGGCAUCGGCGAUGCCUACCGCAGGCGGUCUCUAUUGGUGGACGCACCACUUCGCCGGCGACCGCUACAAGAACGCCCUCUCGUUCCUAGUCGGGUACAGCAACACCCUGGGGCUCAUCGGCGGCAUGUGCAGCGUGGACUACACGCUCUCGUUGAUGGUGCUAGCCUGUGUCUCGAUAUCGCGCGACGGCACCUGGAGCGCUUCCAACGGCGUCAUCUACGGCGUAUACGUAUUCUUCAUCCUCCUCCACGCACUAUGCGGCAUCUUCGCCGGACGCAUCAUGAACCGCAUCCAAACCUUCUGCAUCUUCUUCAACAUCGCCGUCAUCAUCGCCACAGUCAUCGCCCUCCCCACAGGCAAGCUCGCCCGCGGCGAGCCCCUCAACCCGGGCUCCUGGGUCUUCGGACACCUCGAGAACCUAACCACCUGGCCGCAAGGCUGGUCCUUCAUCCUCUCCUUCCUAGCCCCAAUCUGGUCCAUCGGGUUCUUCGACUCGUGCGUCCACAUGAGCGAGGAAGCCCUCCACGCAGCUAAAGCCGUCCCGCUCGGCAUCAUCUGGUCCGCCGGCUGCGCCUGCGUCCUCGGCUUCGUCGUGCUCUCCGUCCUCGCCGCAACGAUGAGCCCCGACGUCGCCGCAACAGCAGCCACCCCCUUCGGACAGCCCAUGGCGCAGAUCUACUUCGACGCGCUCGGCCGCCGCGGCGCGCUGGGCUUCAUGGCCGUCCUCAUCGUCAUCCAGUUCCUCAUCGGCCUCUCCCUCAUCACGGCCAUGUCGCGCCAGGCUUGGGCCUUUGCCCGCGACGGCGCGCUUCCCUUCUCGGGCUACUUCCGGCAUGUCAGUCGGCGCGUGCGCUUCCAGCCUGUGCGCGCCAUCGUCGGCCUCGUCGCUGUCUGCAUCGUCUUCGGCCUGCUCUGUCUGAUUAACUCCGUCGCGGCGCAGGCGCUGUUCUCGCUCUUCGUCGCGAGCAACUACGUCGCGUGGGGAACGCCCAUUUUGUGUCGACUGGUGUGGAACCGGCGGUUCCAACCCGGCGAGUUCUCCACUGGGAGAUUGAGUCGGCCGAUCGCUGUCGUCGCGGUCGCGUGGUUGGCGUUUGGAUUGUUGCUGUCGAUGUUUCCUACUACGGGACCGAAUCCGGGUCCCGCCGAUAUGAACUACACGAUCGUCAUCAACGGGUUCGUUUGGAUCGCCUGCAUGACGUACUACUUCGUGUCGGCGCGGAAGUGGUACCGUGGGCCACAAAUGACGGUCGACCAGCGCGUGGUCGUAUCCGCGCAGGAGAAAUCUUCCUGCGCCUGA